CGAAUUGAAGAUGACCAAGGGAACUUCCAGCUUCGGAAAGCGUCACAAUAAGACGCACACCCUCUGCCGACGAUGUGGACGUCGCUCUCUCCACGUCCAGAAGCACACUUGCUCUGCCUGCGGAUACCCGUCUGCUAAGACCCGGAAGUACAACUGGAGCGAAAAGGCGAAGCGCCGAAAGACCACCGGCACCGGCCGCAUGCGAUACCUCAAAGAUGUCUCCCGCAGAUUUAAGAACGACUUCCAAACCGGUGCACCCAAGGGCGCGAGAGGUCCGGCGCUAAAAUAGAGGGGACGGGGAAGGCAAUAGGGAAUAAAGUUGGCAGUGAUUGCGACAGCACGGCGGGGAAAUGGUGUUUGUGACAUUCGGACUGGCUCAUCAUGGACUGGUAUCAUCUUCUGAGUUUCACGGAACGGUUGUACUAGCAGUUACGACUAAAAAAAUGGCAUCGUGAUUUGACAAGCUCGACGAUUUUCCAGGUUGGCGCGAGGUGCGCAGUA